UUCAAUAAAUGAUUUUAAAGAAUUUCAUUUUUUUUAAGAAUUUCAUUUUUUACUAAAGAAUUUUAUCAAACAGCAAUGCCUACCGUAAAAUUGAAUACCCAUCAACGUACACAUUAUCAAGAUGAUUUGGUUAUUUGUCAAAAAGAUUUUCCCGAUUUUAAAAUCGGUGAUAUUGUUGAAAUAUAUUCGAAUGAAGAGAAUUUUAGCCGAUUAAUUUUACAGAUAACCAAUGUUGAUAAACCGAAAGUAAAUUUCCCUACAAUUACCAUUGAACAAUCAAUUGCACAAACAUUUCAGCUAAGAAUUUUUAGCGAUGUUAUUAUGAAUAUUUUGGAUAAAAAUAUUGUUGCAUUAGAUUCGGUAGAAUUAUUCUUUAAAGAUCAAUACCUGGCUCGAAGUGAUAUGUGGCGUUUGAAAAAACAUAUAACCAAUACAAGUGUUUAUUUGAAUAAGAAAAUUGAAUUCAGUAAUAUUCGUUGUCAAGUAUUUGAAAUGUGGCAUCAUGGUAUACGUUGGGCAAGUGGUUAUAUUAAUGAUGAAACUAAAGUUGUUUUCCGUUCAGCAUCAAGUAUGGUUUAUCUGUUUUUACAAAUGAGCUCAGAAAUGUGGGAUUAUGAUAUUAAUGGUGAUCUAUAUUUUGAAAAAGCUGUUAAAGGUUUUUUAUCCGAUCUUUUUAAUAAAUGGAAGACAUUUAAUUGUAGUCAUGAUGUAACAAUUGUUAUGUUUUCACGAACAUUUUAUCAAGCAAGUGAUAUAAAUGAAUUUCCAGAAUCAAUGCGUGAAUGUUUACAACAAGAUUAUCAAGGAAGAUUUUAUGAAGAUUAUUAUCGUGUUGCUGUACAAAAUGAACGUUUUGAUGAUUGGUCACCAACAUUAAUUUAUUUAAGAGAAUUAUUUAAUUUAUAUGAAGAAGAAGUUAUACAUUAUCAUGAAAAAAGAGGUUUGAAAGGUGUUAAAGCAUAUAAUUCAACAGCAUCACAAGGAAAUUUUCUUGAAGUUCUGAAUAUGUCCCUAAAUGUUUUUGAACGUCAUAAUUUGGAUCGUAGUUUUGAUCGUACUGGACAAUUAUCAGUUGUUAUAUCACCUGGUGUUGGUGUUUAUGAAGUAGAUCUAGACCUGACAAAUAUAACUAAACAAAGAAUUAUUGAUAAUGGUAUUGGUAGUGAUUUGGUUUGUCUGGGUGAACAACCACUUCAUGCUGUACCAUUAUUUAAAUUUAAUUCUCGACAUUCAAACAUGUCAAAUGAUCAAUAUAAUAUGCCACAUUGGAUUAAUCUAAGUUUUUAUUCAUCCAAACAACGAUUUCCAUCAUCGAAUUUUAUUCCACGAAUCAAAAUGCCAAAUAUUUCACCACCAGAACAAGAUAAUAAUUCAAUGAAAAUAAGUCCUUUGGUGAAUAAAAAAUCAUCAAAUCUUAAUCUACCACCAUUUAUUCAUAAUCAUAGAAAUUCGGAAAUUAGUUCUACCAGUGGUGGUAUUGAUUUAACAUCAUGUCAAAAUAUACCAUUCAUUGAUUAUGAUGAAUAUGAUAAUCAAAUAUUUCGUACAUCAAUAACGAAUAAACAUCAACAACAAUCAUCAUCAUCAGUGUUUAUGAUUAAUCAACAUGGUACAUUUCUUCAUCAUAAUCAUCAUCAUCAUCAUGUUCCAAUACAUACCCAACGUAUGAUAAUGUCAUAUAAUCGAAAUUCAACCGAUGGAAAUAGUCUGAUGAUAAUUGAUGAACAACAACGACCAAAACGUCGUCAAUCAGUAGUCGUUCCAUCACGUUCAGCAUAUUCAAAAUUAUCGCUUUCACAAUCACCGAAAAAUAAUGAUAAUGGUGGUGAUAUGAUUGAUAAUAUUGGUGCUGCUGCCAGUAGUAUCGAUGUUUUACAACAACAACGUCCAAAAAAUAAUUCCUUUUCACAUAAUCUUUCAACAUCGGUUGAAAAUAAAUCAAAUAAUGAUGGUUAUUUAAAGAUAAAAUCUAAAGAUGAUAUUAUUGUACAUAAAUUUCGUGAUCAAUUACUUAGUACAAAAGCAUUGAUCAAUCCAUUUGAUCCAUCACAUGUAACAAUCAAAUUGAAUUCCAAUCGUCGCCGUUGGACACAUGUUUUUCCGUUAGGACCUACCGGAAUUUUUAUGCAACAACAUCAUUAUCAAGCAAUACCGAAUCAAAAUAAUCGUAUGAUGAAUAAUACUACCAUUAAUAAUAAUAAUAAUAAUACGGUUAAUGAUGAUAUAAAUAAUAUUCUAUAUGAUUCAAUAGAAUUAUUAUCAAAAGAUAAAAAUUUUAAACGUAAAUCAUUUGAUCAAAUUGAUGGUGGUCAAUCAACAAAAAAUAUUAAUGAUAAAAAUAUUGAUUUGAAAAAAAAUCUAACCAAAUCAAGAUCAAAUGCAUUGAUUGAAUUGGUGGAUAAAAAAUCAACACCAUCAAUAAUUGCAAAUGAAACAACAACAACAACGGAUAUACAUCAAAAACAACGUAGUUUAUUAUUAACUGAUAAUAGUUUAUUAUGGGCAUGGGGUGCAACUGGUGAACAAGAAUGGACACCAGCAAUAACAACUGGUGUUGAUUGGAAAUCAUUAGUAAUGCCAGCUUGUUUACCAAUCACUACGGAUUUUUUACCGGAUAAACGUACAUUAGAACAAGAAUAUGUAACACAUAUUUAUGAUUUAUUGCCGGAAGAACAGGCAAAUGAAUUAUAUCAACAACGUUUUAUGAAAUCUAUUGAUAAUAUUGAUGGUUAUGGUGGUGGUGGUGGUGGAAAUAGUGGCAGUGGUGGAAGUGGAAGUGGUGGAAAUAGUAAUAAUCAUAAAAAAAUGAACAUGUUAACUAUUGAUCAAUUUUAUAAUGAAUUAAUUAAUCAACGUUUACAACAAGGAUUUCAGAUAAUAUUAUUACCUACGAAUGAAAUCCGAUAUACAUUUGCUAGUGAUCGUACUGGUGGUAAUAAAUUUACUUUUAUAUUAAGUAUCGGUAGAAUUUAUCAUGAAUUAGCACAUAAAGAAAAUCGUAUAUCGAUUAUAAAUUAUCAUCCAAGACAUCCAUAUAAAGCAAAUAAUAUCCGAUAUUGUUAUCGUAUACGUACACCUGAUAAUGAAACAUAUGGUGUUAGUUGGGUUGCAUUUACAAGUGAAAAAUUGGAAAAUUAUAAAUGGAAUUAUCUGGAUAAUUAUAUUUGUUUACGUGGUGCAUCAGCUGAAUAUCCGUUGAUUGAAAGUCUAAAAUAUUGGCGUUUUCGUUUGCUAGUAUUACCUACACAACAUUCAAAAACAAAAAAAAUUAUCGAUCGUUAUAUAUCGGGUGAUAAUGAAUUUAAUUGUGAUCUAUAUGAUGUAUUUUCAUUUGAUGAAAAAAUCCAACUACAAAAAGGUUUUAUAAAAUUAUUAAAAGUAAUAAAUGGUGUUAAAUUAAUAAGUACAAAUAAAUCGAUUGAAAAUAAAAAUUGUCAACAACAAUCAUUAUUAACCCGAAGAAAUAGUUCAACAUCGAUACAAACACCACCAACAAGUGCUAAUUCAGGUGAUAAUCCAGAAGCAUCACCAUUAUCGUUGAUUGAUGCACCAAAUUAUCGUCAAAUAAAACAUGAAAAAUUAUCAUCAACAAAUCGUUUAUCCAAUGAUAGUUGUCAAAUGGAUCAAUAUGAUUCGAUACCGGAACAAAUUCCAUCGAAAAAAAUUUCAAUAAAAUCAUUAUCAAAUGAUAUUAUUGAUUUUAUGCAACAACAAUCAAGUAAUCUAUUUUCAAUACGUUUCCGAAAUCUACCUGAAUAUACAUUCAUUAGUUUGGAAGCAAUAGAAUGGGCUGUAAAAAAUAUUGAAAAUAUUUCGAAUGAAACAAUUGCCGAACAAAUGUUUCAAAAUUUUCUAAAUAAUGAUCUUAUUCGUCAUGCAUCAGGUGAUCAAACACAAACAAUAUUUAAACGUGGUUUUCAUCUUUAUUGCUUGAUGACCGAACAGAAUCGACAAUUUUUCUCGAAAAAUCAAAUUGAUCGUGAAUAUUUUGAACGUGCUUGGAUGGAAGUUGGUAUUGUACAACAACAUAAUCCAAAAGAUGUUGAAAAUUCGGCUGCUUCAACUUCGACGACGACUUUUGAAGAAGAACAAUCAAUAAUUUCGAAUCAGACACCAGAAUUUACAUUUAAAAAUUUUCAAAUCGAAUUGGACAGUAAAACUGAUCGUGUUGAAUGGGUUAAUGUUAAAUAUCAUAGUCUUUAUGAUCCAGAACAAGCAUUCGAAAUGAUUAUGGAAUGGAUGUGUGCAACCGGUAAUGCAAUACCGGAAAAAGUUUCACAAUGGAGUCGAACGAAAGGAACAAAUUUACAUAUUGUACCAAUACCAUGGGAUCCAUUUGCAUUACCAUUUUCAAAUCGUUCUGAUCCACUGCGUGGUCCAAUUUAUAUAUCAUUAAAUUUAGAUUGUUUAUUAUGUUUCAAAAUAAUGGAAGAUGAUGGUGGUUUGUUUAAUUUUCAGGAAAAAAUUCUUGUAAAAUUCGGUUUCAUACCAUUUCAUGAUCCAACCACAGAAAAUCAACGUCAAUUUGUACAUGUAUCGGGUAGUAUAUUUGUUAUGAUACCAAGUAAACAAUCGACACAAAAAAAUCCAAAUAAACGUGGUAAAUUCUUACAGGUUUGUUUCGAUGAUUAUUGUAUCGAUCAAGAAAUGGGACACGAAGCAUAUAUCACCCGGCAUUUUAGUGGUAUGCAAUUAAAAGGACAAGAUGCUCAUAUUGAUACUAAAAUUGGAUUUCUUUGGUGUUGGAAUUAUCUAAUAACAAAACGUUGGAAAACAAAUGUAACUGGUGAUGAAAAUUCAAUGCGUAAAAUUAUGCAAGAUUUUCGUGGAUUUUGCCAGAAUAAAGAUAAUCGUUUAGUUGAAUUUUAUAAUAAUGUUUAUCAUCCAAAACCAAUGAAUACUUGAAUAUACGAA